CCUGGAAUUAGUUCAUCGUCAAAGCACUGCGUGUGAUUUCUAAACGAAUUUGAACACCUCGGGCUUAAGUACUUUUUAAAAUACAGGAGAUAAUCGAAUUAAAACUCGAACCAUGACACAAGGCAAGCAAAAAGGAAUCUUAUGCCAUUCUGAGAAUAUGCCAACUUUACGCAGACAAGAUAAGAAAGCCCUGAAGGAACUGCUGCAAACGCGUCUUGUGGAGUGCGGAUGGCACAAGGACAUUAAGGAAAUGAUACGCAACAUCAUCAAGGAGCGCGGAGUGGACAACAUAGACUGCGACCAACUGACUGCCGAAAUAGUCCCCCAAGCUCGCGCUUUGGUGCCUGAAGUCAUCAAAAAUGAGAUCAUGAUGCGCGUGUACGCCGUCCUUGAUAAUCCGUUCCAUCCCUAACCCCAAUCUUAAAACCACGUGUUCUAAAUUCUAGCACGUGUUUGUGGUUUAUUAUCGAAUUUAAGUAGAUAUUUACAUACUUAUGCUAGCUAUGAAUUGCGGCAUUGGUUAUACAAUACGCAUAUAAUAAAUAAACAAUAAACAACUACAAUUAGUUA